AUGGUCUUGGCGAUUUUUGCCGUCAAAAUUGAGGCUAAUAUUGAUGCGUCGGAUUUUGGUGAGUUUUCGGGCUUGAAAAUGGGCCGGGCCUAAAAAACGGGCCUGAAAUUGGUUCUAGGCCUGAAAAUCAAGCCUAGGCCCAAUUUUAGGGCCGAAAAUCAGCCUAACCUUAUUUUUCUACAGGAGUUCCACAGACAAAUCAUCAAGAAGGAUUUGGAGCCCAAAUUCAGAGUCUAGGCUUGGCUGGUGAGUAAAAAAUUUGAAUUUUUGAAUUUGGCGCGAAAAUUUGAAAUUCAAAAAUUUUUCAGAUGAGGGACAAUCCUCUCUUCAAUUGGUUGAUGAGGAACCGGCUCAGGAUAGUCCAAGUGAGUUGUUUUUGGCGCCAAAAAAGAGUACUGUAGGUUUUUUGGCGCGAAAACUUUGAAAUUCAAAUUUUUCCCCAAAAAUUCGAUUUUUUUCAGGUGCUGAUGUGAAUCAUGUUAAAGAAAGUGAGUUUUUCUGUUUUUUUUUUUUGAAAUUUUGAAUUUGCCGCCAAAAAAUCCACAUUUUUUUACAUUUUCAAAUUUUUCCAGUGUUCGCCAACGCCUUCAACAGCAUUCAAGCACAACGUGAAUUGGCACAAAAUUCGACAGUGCCUUCAGUUUAA